AUGGUCCAAAGGCUGCCAAGCAGCAUAGCACAACUGAAGAACCUGCGCCACCUGACAGUUUUAAAGCGUGAGACAAGUGAUUUCUUGAAGCCGUAUCCUGGCACGGCAGUUGGGGUUCCUGACGGGCUAGAAAACCUGGCCAGCCUGCAGACACUCAAGUAUGUCGAAGCUGAUAAGAAGAUGGUUCGAUCGUUAGCAAAGCUUGAGCAGAUGAGGAGCUUGGAGAUAUCUGUCAUUGAUGCAAGCUUUGCCGCUGACUUGUCAUCGUCAAUCUCUAGAAUGAGCUUCCUUCUGCGCUUGGGGGUCGCAAUUAAACCUGGAGUUGACGCAGUACUGGAUCUCGAAUCAAUUUCUCGACCACCAUUGAAGCUACAAAAACUGGCUCUCACUGGCAGGUUGGCAAGAGGGAAGCUGCCACCAUGGAUCUGCUUCCUCACUAGCCUCGUGCAGUUAAGGUUGUGUGGUUGCCAAAUUGCGCAAGACUCACUCGUGCUCCUCGCUGCCCUUCCUAGGCUGGUAAAUUUCAGCCUUAUCGGUGCAUACCAUGACAAAGACAUGAUCUUCACCGAAGGUAGUUUUCCUACACUGCGGAAACUCACUUUGGAGGGUUUGCCUAACCUUAGUCACAUAGCGUUUCAACAAGGAUGCCUUAUGGACCAACGUGAUCUGGCGCUUGGCCAUUGCACUGAACUGACUGAAACACCUCUAGGAAUGGAGAACCUCAAGCAUAUCCAAAACAUGGAAUUGUUUGGCAUGCCAUCAGAGUUUGUGGGUAAGCUGAAGGAACAGAAUAGUGAUGCUGAGUAUCACAAUCCGGCCAGUUCAGAUUUUUAUCAGGCGCCAAGGUUUUUGAGGCUUACUAGAUUUGUAGAAAGAAAUAGGUGA